CUGCUGAUGUAAGACGGAGCAAAGUUCAGAUCAGACCACUCUUGCUCUCUCUCUGCAGAUUACUGAAGGGACUGCUGUAGUGGAGGAGACACAGAUUAGUGAGAGGUUUGAGGACUCACACAUACACACACUGUACUGAAGGGCUAGAGUAGUCAUGUCCCUAAUGGUCAAAGCCUGCAUGCCCUGACAUGGGAACAGAGAGAGGGAAAGGGAAAGAGAGAGAGAACCCUUGUUUGGAUUUAACAACUCCGAUCCCCCUGGCUGUCAGUGGACUCAUAGAUGACUCUCACACAGGAGCAGAUGGCUGACGUGGAGAGGAUCAACAAGGAGACAGGGGAGCUGAGCGCUUCAGGGGAGCUAGCUGCCCCCCUGGAUCUGAAGGAGGGAGGGGGGGGGAGGGAGGUGGAGGACCCCAGCCCCAUCCCCUACUGGUCCUUCGAGAGAUGCUCCAACAGAUGGAGACACACACACACAAGGAUAGUAUGAACACCUCUGGCCAGAAACACACACACCUCUCCCCUGACCACACACAUACCAAAAAGGAAACCAUGGACCAGAGCGAGAUAGACACACCCCUCCCCCUCGACCAAAAAGAGGAACACUUGCGCCGAGUCCUGCCUCUCUACAUACAGGUAUGUGAAAGUGGUGGUGGGACAGAGGAGCUGGAUCUGAGGAGUCUAGCUGUUCUGACUGCAAACACUGUGGUCUCCAACAUCCAUGCCAUACUGGCAGAAAAACCUGCAGAGGAGGCUCGCUACGAGGUGCAGCAGUUCUUCCAGAGAAGAGACGAGACGGACAACACAGACGAUAUAGACAACAGUGAGAUAGACAGCAGGGAGACAGACAGGACAGAGGAGACAGACAGGGGAGAGUCACACAGCCAGACAACACAGACAGACAAUGCAGGAUGGCUUCUGUUGAAGACUCUGUCUUUCCUGACUGCUACAAACUCUGCUGAAUUGAUGUCUGUAGUAAAGCCAGGUCUGCCGGCGGCCCUGGUGAAGUGUCUCUACCUGCUAGUGUGUCUACCGUCCCGGAAGGAGAGUGCAGCAGUAGAGGAGACCUUUCAAGAACUGCUCAUACAGGUCCUGUUACAGCUGUGCUGUCACCCUUCCAGUGUGGAGGAGAUGGUGGAGACUGAGGAGUUGCAGUGUCUGAUCAUCUCGCUCACAUCACUACACGACCAGACUAGUGCCCCCUGGAGGCACCAGGCAUCACGUGUUCUCAGAGCUGUCUCUGCUGCUAAGACACCCAAUACCGUCCCCUUCCUACAGGCUAAGAACUGUGUGCGUAUCUGUAUUCAGAACCUGCAGCGUAUCAGUGAUCGUGCCCCAGCUCCAGUCUUAGCUGAGGUGGCUGUCACAGUGUUCAGCUUCAUCAGAGACUCCUACCAGCUCAACCCUGCUCUGUUCACCGAGCUUGAAAAUAACGAUGGAUACAUUGUCUUACAGGCCAUCAUGACCCGGUGUGAGGAGGGUGUGCCUGCGGAGGAGUUUGGUCCAGUAGAGGACCUGUUAUCUCUGCUAGCGUCUUUGUGUCUGUUUGGGAGGUCAGAGCUGAAGGUGGCGCUCUGUGUCACCAACCCUCAGCCACCUGGCUUCAAGUUUGACCCCUCACUCACCACAGGCUCUGCGGUAAGGAACCUAUCAGCGUUCCGUUUGCUCCAGGGUUCCUUCCAGCGGUCAGAGGACUGUGUUUUCUGCAGCCAGAUCCUAAGCACCAUCAGGACUGUGUGGUCAUGGAACAGGGCCAACUUCUUCCUGUUAGAGUGGACUGUUCAAUCACUGGCUCAGCUAGCUCAGUGUGUUUCGAAGAAACCACCUCCUGUACACAGACUGUUCUUCUCUAUGUUAGAGAUGGUGGCAUUCCAUCUUAAUUACAUCCCCCACGAGGCUGUGCGUGCGGUGCAGGCGGUGCUGAAGCAGGGCUGGGCAGGGGCCGGGGCCGGAGGGGCACAGUUUGGAGUGGCUGCCCUCGGCUGCUUCCACAGGUUGACAGUGCGUAGUGGUCUGCUAGCGGAGGUUCUCAGUGAUGGAGGUCUGUUGGAACUUCUGCUUGGAGAAUUACGCAGGAGGGCCAAGAUACUCAGGAAGGCUAGAGGAGCAGGUCCCCAAGAUCAGUCAGCUGUAGAGGACAAUGAGAGAGCUCUCACCACCAGCAUGCUCACAGUAGUGGCUGCCCUCACCCUACGCUCCAUCAGAAACACAGUGUCAGUCCGUGACCUUGGGAUGGUUCCCUACAUAAAGAUAUUUCUAGAUGAGGAGCAGUACAGAGGACCAACCCUCAGCAUCCUGGAGCAGCUGUCAGAGAUAAACCCUGACGAGUUUAUGUCUACGGCUAUAGGAGCUCUCUGUUCCUCUACACAACAGGAGCUGGGGCUCAAACAAGACCUGCUGCAGUCAGUUUUGAAGGUUCUGGAGAGACCUAACAGUUGGGGGGCGUUUCGACAUGCGCGGGGCUUCACCGGCCUGCUGUCCCUGGUGGUGGACAUGGAGGGGGCUCUGAGUGACCCCACUCAGGGUGGGGUGUGGGGUGCUAAGGGGCAGCAGGGGAUACUAGACCUCCUCUUCCUCACCCUACACACCCUCGCCCUAGCUGUCCACGUACACCCUGUCAACUCACACCAGUUCCAGGCUGAAGGGUUCUACGAGAGGCUGGCUGAAGCCUUACUACGGCUGGGUUGUUUCCAGACUGAGGGCUGGGAGGCAACAGAGAGGAUGGAGGGCCACACUGGGGGUAUGAUGAGUAGGGGCCUGGGCCAGAGAUGGGGUCAGAGAGAAACAGAGGACAAUCAUUCACUUGGGAGGAGCUUCCACCAGUUUCUGGAGCUGUCUGAGACCCCAGUGCUCACCUCCCUCUCUUCCACCUCCAAGCCACCCCUGCCUCCCCCUUUACAGACCUGUAUCAGGCUCCUCUCCUACCUGGACCAAUUAGCUACAGGGACCUACGCUGCCCUUGAGAUGACAGCAGGACAUGUGGGAGAGAAGAGAGAGGAGGGGGGAGAUGGAGAGACCCAGGGGGGUGGUGGUGGAGGAGAGAGGCUGCAGACUGUGCCACCAACCCGAAAGACUUCACAGACACCAGAGGAUGAACUACCGGGGGGAUCCAGACCUGCAGGCCACAGCGUCGCUGUUGUCUGCUCUGAGACUAACUACAGGUUUACCUGUGACCAGACCAUACUGUAUCCUGGAGCCCUCAGGGUCAUCAUGACUCUCCUGCCUCAUGUCUUUACUGCAGAGGAUCCACAGCUGUCAGUGGAGGUCCAGUACUCAGUAGCCCACCACCUCCAGGUGAUGGUAACAUCAGAGAAGAACCGGCAGAUUGUCUGCAAGGGGGGUUUGGUGUCCACUCUACUAACCCACUGUCGAAGCAUUCUGCUCAGGCCGGACCACCCACUAUACCUGCCUGACACACGCAUCCUAGAGAAAAUCUCCUCACACUCCAUCUCCCACAUAGACCUCAGGCGUUUCCUGUGUCUUUGUGAUCCUCUGAUGUGCCAAGCUAACAAAAUUGCUGCCACCUCUGCUCCAGAAUCCAACACACAAUGCCCCUUUUCUCCCUCCAAUGGCCACAGCCCAGAGAAGGCAGACAGCUUAACAGAUAGUGAGACCACCACUCGCUCCAUCAUGAAGCGCUCUUUUAGCCUGCUGAGCUCCUCUCCUCCUAUUGGCUCUCCUGUCGGCCAGCCCCUCCCCCUGCACCAAAUCAUUAGCCUAGUCUCUAUGACGUCACCAAGAAGCUUCCGACCACACCGAGUCUCCACCUCUCCGGCCUUUGUGGAGUUUGAUAUGACUGAGAGUGGCUAUGGAUGUCUAUUUCUACCAUCCCUGGCUACAGUGAAAGGUGUCAAUGCUGACUCCAUCCCAACAGGGGGGAUAGGAGGAGACUGUCGUGGUUUCCCUCCGGCAGCAGGCCUGUCAUAUUCCUGCUGGUUCCUGAUCAGCAAGUUCAGUUCAGCCUGUGAUUCCCACCCGAUCUGGCUGCUGUCUGUGGUGCGCCAUAUGUCCCGUGCCGAACAGCAGUAUGUCUGUCUGUCUGUCUCCAUCUCAGCCAGCGAUGGAUGUUUGGUCAUCUCAACUGAGGAGGAGCCUUUCACCUUCCUGGAUAUGAUGGAGCCAGAGGUGCGGACCCCCAGCCCACUGCCAGGUUCUCUGAGGUUCAAAUGCUCCAGUCAGCUGACCCCAGGUCAGUGGCACCAUCUGGCCAUUGUCAUGGCGAAGGACGUGAAGAAGAGCUGUAAGGUCACGGCCCACCUCAAUGGGGAACUGGUGGGAGCAGCAAAGAUGCUGUACAUCCAACCGUUCCCGGGUCAGUACAUUUCCAUGGAACCCACGGCGGUGAUUGACGUGUGUGCAUUCAUUGGAACGCCGUCUAUAUGGAAACAGCACGCUUCGUUGGUGUGGCGCGUCGGGCCCACCUACCUGUUUGAGGAAGUGCUGAGUCCAGGGGCUGUAGGAGUCAUCUACAACCAGGGAACAGCCUACUUGGGAAACUACCUGGCUCUACGCAACACAGGCUCUGGCCCAGACCUCCUCCCUUUCAGGCUGGUCCCUGAGGAGAGGAUCUCAUUUGGCAUCAACCCGGCUGUAGCAACUUUAACCACGGUAGCAAAGAUACGAGAAAGCUACAACGAGGUGGACUGCCGUCUCAUCGCCAAAGAGAUGGGAAUCACGUCCAGGGAUAACUCCACCCCUGUGUUCCUGUCUCAAAACAUCAGCCACCACCUAACUGGCACUGCACGCACCAUAGGAGCUGCACUGGUUGGACACUUUGGAGUGCGGACGUUCGCUCCCAGCAUCGCAGGGGAUAGCUUUCUGUACCUUGGUGGGCCAGCGGUGAUCCUAAGCAUGGUUGCUAUGGCGGCAGACGAUGGAGCGCUGUACGCAGCAGUGAAAGUUCUGCUGUCUGUGUUGGAGACAAGCCCUGCCAUGGAGCGGGAGAUGACACGCAUCAACGGCUACAAGCUCCUAGCAUUCCUGCUGAAGAUUAAGAGCAGUGUGUUGAGCAGUAGAACCUUUCAGCUGGUGCUGUCUCUGUCUGGUUCAGUGGACCACCUGGGAUCUGGAGCCGCUUGUCUACACAACAGACCCGCCUUCAAUGCUCUGCUCUGUAACCUGGAGGUGUGGAAGAACACUGCGGAAAGUCUGGACCUGUCAGUUCUCAAUCACUUUGCUGAAAUCCUGACAUCAUCAAGUGGGGACCAUGGUAAUGCAAAGGUCAUGCAUAACCUGGGUCUGGUGCCUAAACUGCUCUUCCUAUUGGCUGACCCCAUGGUGACCCCCAGGAAAGUAAAGGUUGCCACCUGUAUCAUCACUUGCCUGCUUAGAGGACACUUCACCUCCACCGACAUACGCAGACUUGGCCUCUUCCUGGUGUACACCGUGCCUCCCCCAAGUGUGAGUGAAAGCUCUGGACUCUCUGACACUCUUGAUGAGGAAACCAAAGCUCAAAGUUUCAGUCCAGCCAGACUAGUGUGGGUCCGUAAUCAACUGCUGUCUUCUCUCUGUGACCUCAUCAGCUCAGACAGUCUUCUCACUGCAGAUGAGCAGAAAGAGCUGAUCCAGACACUGGGCAGUGAUUGGUUCCUGCUGUUCCUGCAGCCCCGCCUCCACUCUUCCACCCUGUGCCUAGGGCUCCGCCUACUCACACUCCUCCUGGCCAAUCAGAGCGAGCGGAACAGCUUCAGAGAGGGCGUGUUCCCAGGCACCCUAGUAGAGAGCCUGGAUGAACCCUCUGUUGUCAUAGACAACCUGAGAGCUUAUGAGUGGUCCUAUGAGUGUCAGAGUGUCACCUGCGCAGGCUUCGACGUGCUGCAAAGGCUUCUGGUCCGCCAGGCUCACCUGCCUCAGGUGUACGGAGCGCUGGCCGCUCUACUGCUGGGGAAGAGAGGAGGAGAAACACCUGACGGACAGCUGGAUCUGGAUGAAGUUCUGCAGGCAGUGAUUGACAGCACAGAGUACACAAACUCUGCUCCCUUACAGCUGUGUUCCAAGUCUGCAGCCAUGCUACUGGAGCUGGUCAAGGCCAUCAUCACACAGGGGUCAUCUGCCGCUGAUGCAUCUUGGGAGUUGCAGUUUCCCGGCAGUGUGAUGCAGUUCCUCUGUCUGGUACACAAUCACCGCCCCCGAGACCCACUAUGGACAUCUCCAGAGUUUCUACACACGCUCGCCAGCACUGUGUUUCCCCCUGAGAGUGAAGAGGAGGUGUGUCAGCCAACCAGGAAGCAGGUGUGUGACUUCAUCCGUAUCCUCUUAAUGGACAGCCUGCUCAACGUGCCUGCCAAAGAACACACACACCCCCUACUGCUGCUACUGGAGUAUUCCCCAGAAGGAGCAUCGUUGGAGCGGAGACAGGUCUUCCAAACUGAAUUGCUUGAGUUCUUCAUGGAAAUCAUCCACAUGACCAGCCAGGAGAAUGGACAUAACACACACCUCACCACACAGGAGUCAAACUCCCAGAGUCCUGAGGGGCAGAUGGCCACACUGAUGGAGAACAUGGUGCUUUUCAGUCAGACGUUUCUGGAGAAACUCUACAGCGGCAUGUUUCUGGUUGAGCCAGAGAACCUGCUCACCUUCCUAGCAGACCAGAUCGUGGUGGUGAUGGAGAAGGGCCUAUCACAGAAAGAGAACACAGUUUCCUCCCUCUACACCAGCACCAACCGAGCUCUGCUCUACUUCCUUUCCCGCCCACAACACACACAGGCCGAACAGGAUGCUGUCAUCAGGACGCUGCAGGUGGUCAUGGCGCGCUGGGACGUAGUCAUGGCAACCUACAAUGCCAACGUGAACUUUAUUACCUGCCUGCUGCACUGUCUACUGUUGAUACGAUCUGGCAGCUACCCAGAAGGCUUUGGGUUUGAAAGUCACAAGAAACACCAGCGGAGAAUCCUGUCUCAUCUGUUCCCUCUUAAGACCAGCCACACUACCACAUUCAGCCAAGUACCUGAUUCAGACACAGAGCUGAUGUCCCAAGUAGAGUCUGUGUGGUCUAAGAUCCUUACUGAGAGACGCACCAUUCUAGAAGACACCUAUAAGAUUGAGCUCUCAGCUAAUCAGACACAGAGGAUGGGACCUGUCAGCAUGAGUGACAUCAGCCCUUUGUGGGAAGAGACAGCACUCAAGGUGUGGCAGUUAUACACAGGCAAUGUGAAGAGGAAGCUGACUAGCACCAUCCAGAGGAAAGAUAGUGUAAUCAGCUCUGCUAUUCGCUCUGUCCACAAACGACUGGGGAGAGAAACUGGCACUGUGGAGGAGUUCCUGUCUUGUAUGGAGGCCCAUUUGAAGAGAGGUCAGGAGAUGUUUGAGAAGCUGAGGAAGAACCACACACAGCUGUGUGUUUAUGAGUGGGAGCGGUUGGGGACUAUGUGGCUGUGUGUGGAGGAGGAGCUGCUAAGGGAGAGGGGUGUGUUCGGCCCGGGGCCGGGGGUGGUGCUGACACGAGGCUGGGUCCAGGAUGCAGCUGAAGGCCCCAACCGCACCAGGCCUCGCAUCCGCAGGAGAGCCCAGCGACACUCCAAACGGUUGGCAGAUAUGUGUGUGAGAAAUGGUCUGCCAGAGGAGAGCAAAGGAAGGACAGAGACCGACUCAGAGUCAAGGAUCCUCUUUGAGCCAGGGACAGAGGAAGAGGAGGAUGGUGGAGAGGACUGUAACCGCCUAACCUUUUUCCCUGUCCUGACUGAGACUACUGCACCUCUCACUGAGCCCUUCGCCCCAGCGUCCACCACCCCUGAGCCCUGCUCACAUACACACACCUGCAGCCACACACACACCAUACUACAGGAGCUGGAGCCUGAGGAAGAGGUUAAAGCGAAGGUAUGUGUGGUGGUGGUCAGUGGGCUGUCUGUAACAGAGGGGCUGCUGUUGUUUGGGACAGACAGUCUGUACAUGUGUGAGGGCUUCACCCUAAGCCCCGCAGGAGACGUCUGCUGCAGAAAACACCACCCCACUGGUGUGCGUGACGCAUUCGUUUCCAGUAUGCUGACUAAAGACAUAUCUUCAUCCAGCCCCAGCUGCAAACGAUGGCCCUACCAGGACAUAAGAGAUGUCCGCUUUAUGCGUUUCCUUCUAGAGGAAAAUGCGCUGGAGAUCUUUAUGCAGAACGGACACUCUACUUUCCUGGUAUUCUUCAACAAAGACCAUGUGUCUGCUUUUAAAAGGCUGUGUUCAGUGGUGCCAGCAUUGAUAGGUAGAGGGGUUGCUGAGGUCAUAACUAAUGCCAGGAAGACUCCAGUGAUGGAGAAGACUACUCAGGUGAAAUGGCAGCGUGGGGACAUUAGUAAUUUUGAGUACCUGAUGCAUUUGAACACUCUGGCUGGUAGAACCUAUAGUGACCUCAUGCAGUACCCCGUCUUCCCCUGGGUCCUAGCAGACUACAAGUCGGAGACCCUGGAUCUGACCAAACCGGCGACAUUUCGUGACCUCUCGAAACCAAUGGGAGCCCAGACAGAGAAGAGGAGAGACAUGUUUAUUCAGAGAUUUAAUGAAGUGGAAAAUAGUGAAGGUGACCUGGCAGUGAGGUGUCACUACUGUACCCACUAUUCUUCGGCCAUCAUCGUGUCUUCCUUCCUCGUUCGGAUGGAACCCUUCUCACACACCUUUCUGACCCUACAGGGAGGGUAUGACAUAGCAGAGAGAAUGUUCCAUAGUGUGAAGAAGGACUGGGACUCCGCCUCCAGAGACAACAUGAGCGAUGUCAGAGAGCUGAUCCCAGAGUUCUACUACCUACCUGACUUCCUGGUUAACACAAACAACUUCAAACUAGGCUGUAUGCAGGACGGUACCACUCUAGGGGACGUUGUCCUCCCUCCCUGGGCUAAGGGAGACCCCCGGGAGUUCAUCAGAGUUCACCGAGAGGCUCUGGAGAGUGAGUAUGUUAGCUCCCACCUCCACCUGUGGAUCGACCUGAUCUUUGGGCACUGCCAGCAGGGACCAGCCGCUGUAGAGUCCCUCAACACAUUCCACCCCUACUUCUACGCCCAGAGAAGGAAAGGGACAAGGGGGCAGGAUGCACUCAGAGACCCCCUUAUCAAGAGUACCAUCCAGGGAUACGUCAAUAACUUUGGACAGGUUCCCAAACAGCUGUUCAACAAGCCCCACCCUCCUCGUGCCGGCUCAAAAAAGGAGGGAUCAGCACCCGCCCAGCCAACCCCCUUUUUCUUCAGACUGGACAAGCUCAAACCCUCCAUUCAACCAUUCAAAGAGCUCCUUCGUGGUCCAGUAGGCCAGGUGGUUUGUGUGGACAAAGAGGUUUUGGUCGUAGAGAAGAACAGACUACUGAUCCCUCCUCUGUGGAAUGUCUACUUCUCCUGGGGCUUCCCUGAUAACUCCUGCUCCUUCGGACACUACACUACUGAGAAAACCUUUGCUGUAUGUGAGAGUAUGUGUGACUGGGGGAAGAUGCUGUGUGCAGCGUGUCCCAACCAAGCUACCAUAGUCACUGCUGGGAUCAGCUCAGUGGUGUGUGUGUGGGAUGUUUCCAUCAGCAAGGACAAACUCACUCACAUGAAACUCAGACAGGCGCUGUAUGGUCAUACCGAUGCAGUAACGUGUCUGGCGGUGUCUGAGGUUCAUGGAGUGAUAGCCAGCGGUUCGCGUGACCUCACCUGUAUACUGUGGGACCUUGAGGAACUCAACUACAUCACUCAGCUACCAGGACACAAGGCUAGCAUCACAGCACUUGCUAUCAAUGACCUCACGGGUGAGAUAGCAUCGUGUGCAGGGCCGGUCCUGUACCUAUGGAGUAUGAAGGGUCAGUUACUCACCUGGCUCGACACAUCCUGUGGCUCUGAUGUCACUUCCUGCAGCUCAGAUGGGGACAUCCUGUCUGUCUGCUUCACUCAGAGACACGAGUGGGAUCCACGAAACGUUAUAGUCACUGGCUGUGCUGACGGGAUAGUGAGGAUCUGGAGGACGGAGUACACUAGAACAUCACCUGAUCCUCCACAGCAGCCCACAUCCCCAGGACAGGAUCAGUCUGCAAUUACCAUAGACGGAAUGUCGGGUCCGAGUCAGAGCUGGGAGAGACACCUGGUGUUGUGUCGGCCACUAAACAGGAGUGAAGCAGUGUCCAGACGGCGCUACAAAAACAACCCUGCAGUCACUGCUCUAGCCAUGUCCAGGACGCAUGCUACUCUGCUGGUUGGAGAUGGCUGGGGUAGAGUCUUCACCUGGACCUGUGAGUGAUGGGGAAGGAGCAGUUGGGUGUGUCUGUUUGUGUGUGGGUGCCUGCGUGCAUGCAUGGGUGUGGUGUGUGUGCAUGUGCGUGCAUGGGUGGGUGCGUGCGUGAGUUCCAUACAACCAACAAUACACCAAAACCCAGCCUGCACUUCAGGAACCUCUUAUUCCACUGCACAUGUGCACUCUCACCAGCCCCUGCCUCACCUCCAGACCGACCACCACACUCCAAUCGUAGGGAGAUGUUCUCUCUCUCAAAGUCUCCAGGCACAGGGAGGAAAUGGAGAGAGGGAGGAUCAAGAUUUCUUUUUGAGUGUUUACAAACUAUUUACACUGGACCUUAUUACAAGAUUAACACAUGACAUGGAAGGAACAGAUCAAUGAAUCAUGUGGUUUCAACCUAUAUACAGAUCGUACAUUUGAAUGUACUUCAUAGUAGUAACUUUUAGGUAUUUUGUUGAUGAAGCCCGAUAAUUUAAUUGUGAAUGUAUCUGUUUACAGUGCAUUCGGGAAUUAUUCCGACCCCUUCACUUAUUCUAAAAUGGAUUAAAUAAAAAAAAGUCUCAAGAAUCUGCACACAAUACCCCAUAAGGACAAAGCGAAAGCAGGUUUUUAGA